CAGGUCAAGUGCUAUAUAGAUAUAGUGAUAGUAACAUUGAAGAAAUCUAUAUAAAGACAACAUAACAGAUUUGUGUGUCCUCUUGUUCUGUAUAUCUGUGUUUUGCAAAGUAGUUGUCAGUUAUUCGGCGUAUCAGUCAGUAGUGUGCUUUUGUUUCCAAUUAGUAGUUUGUCGUUGUCGGUAGAACGUAUCUCAGACAAUAAUCAAACUGUCUAAAAAAAUUCUGAGUUUUUGUCUUUUACAUUUCGAAAUAGAAAACUACUGACCAUUCAAUUUUAAUAAAGUACCUAAUUUAAUAAUUGGAAUUGAGGCAUCUUUCAAGAUGGAUUCGUUUGGAAUGUGUUGUGUCAAAUAUUUGCUUUUCCUUUUCAACUUGUUGUUUGCGUUGUCGGGCAUCGUGAUCCUGACAGUGGGCAUCCUGAUCCAGCAGAUGUACUACACCUACCAGCAGUUCAUCGACGAGAAAUUGUUUUCGGCGCCGAUGAUUCUGAUUGUGGUCGGCGUCAUUGUGUUCGUGGUGGCCUUCUUCGGCUGCUGCGGCGCCGUCAAGGAGAGCAAUGCCAUGCUCAUCACUUUUGCCGUGAUGCUUGGUCUGAUUUUCAUAAUGGAAGUUGCUGGAGGAGUGACUGGUUAUCUGCUGCAAGACGACAUUCAUGGUAUGCUCGAGACCCGCAUGGAGGAUGGUAUGAAGGACUACGGAAAGCAUCAGGAUGUCACCAACUCAUGGGACGUUCUUCAGUACGACUUGGAAUGCUGCGGAGUGAAGUCUGGCGAGGACUGGAAGCCGGUGUUCCUGAACUCGACACUGCCGCACUCCUGCUGCCACGGCCUGCCGGUUGACCUCGAGUGCAACCUGGACAAGGCCAGCAAGCGCGGCUGUCUGCCCGCCCUGCAGACCGUCCUCGAGGAGAACACAAUGCGCAUCGGAGCCGUUGGCAUCGGCGUCGCUUGUGUCCAGCUGAUUGGUGUGAUUUUCGCUUGCUGCCUUGCCCGUUCCAUCCGUCGUGAGUACGAAACCGUUUAAAUAGCGCCCAUCUUCCGAGACGAAUCAAGUCAUCGUCAUCUCAGACCUUGACAUCAGUUUGUUUUCUACCCUCAUAUAAUAAUCGAUAAAUCAAUAAUCGAUGUGGCAAAUUUGUAACGAUACCUGCCCUGCUGCAAUCCACACAGUGUUGAAAAUCCUUGUUGACGACACACAUUGUAAACGUUUUUGUAUGAAUUUUUAAUAAAAUUUAUAGCUGCAUUUAUAUAAAGACAAAUUCGAUCGAUGUUCAUGUGUAUUGUCUAGUACUUUUUACUGUAUAAAUGUUUACAUCAUAAUCUGAGCACAUUGUACAUUCCGGACCAAGGAUAUUGUUUCAAAACAGCUAGCAAUAUAUCGUAAAAUAUAACAAUAUUGUAGCUUAGAAUAUUCUUUUUCAUAUUAAUACUGCCUUGGCACACACUUUUAAAACUUGUUCAAGUAGAAAAGAGAAACAUCUUGGAGAGUAUCUAUUAUUAUAGUCAUACUAUCAAUACAUUUUGUGCUAAUAAUAUCUGUGCUAAUAGAAUUUCGUUUUAUUUGUAUGUUGACUAGUUUAUUAUUGCUUGAUUAUAAAUUUAAUAGAUGUUGAUUUUAUUAUAUCGCUUGACAAAUAUGUGAUGUUGAGCAGUAUCGGUUUUCGCUAGAAUGUAGGUAAAUGGUCUUUGUACUUGAGAGGCUGAUAGUGUUUUUCUAAAAUAUUACCAUGAUAGUGGUUCCAUUAUCUCUUCUAUCAUCUUUAUUAUCACUUCAAUAUUACUAUAUAUUGCAUGAUAAAAAUACUUGUGUAAAACAACCCUUUUUUAAAUUAUAAUUGUUAUAAAAUAAAAA